CUAGUCUAAGUUUACAAUUAGCAUUAAAGUGUUGCUAAAAUCCGCUGUUAGUGAUUGGUCUCGAUUCAAUGACUUUUUUCUAUUUACGAACGAAAACGCUGAGAAGAGUAACAAAAGAUUUCCUAAGGUCCAGAUGGACUGUCCUGUUGCACGUUUCAUAAAAUCGUUCGUGAUUAGAGAAGCAACGAGAAGACCUGAGCUCGAUUCAGUGCAGAAUCAAGCGCUGUCCGUGGUGCUGAACUCUGGAUCCGGCACUGUCCGCGGUGCUGAACUCACUGAGGCGACCUAUUGAACAUGAAACGCUCCUCUGUUCUCAUUCCUCUCCGCACUCAACUUAGUAGCGCUGUCUCAGACGAUGCUUUUCUGUCUGCUCUGGCGGCGCGAGCAUCUCCAAUGUAGAUAAACUUACUUUCUUUCACUGGGUAAACGUAAUGAUAUCGAAUCAAUUCUCGUUUAUUAACUUGACAUCAAAAUGUUUUCUCGGCGGAGGUGCCGAAGAACAAAUGGCGUUAUUCUGUUCCACCUGCAGUAUUUGGGAGUUGAUUUAAAUGCCGCGGAUGACUAGAUGAUCACGAGAAGGAAGUGCAUUUUGUACAGAUGUUUUGGAUCUUUUUUCCUUCCUUUUUCAUUUUCUGAGAGGUCACUUAAUGAUCGGGGAAGGAUAACUGCGUUUCUGGAUAUAUCAUUUCUAAAGUGGGCAUGAUCAGCUUUCAUUUGUAAAUAUUAUAGACAUUCGGAUUAUCUGUUCUGUUGGAGUAAGCAAUUUUUUGCACCAACUCGAAUUGGAAUGAUUUUUUGUGGUCUUAUCAUCACGAAGGUGCACUUGCUCGCUUGAUUACGAUUCCAACAAAGUGGAACCAGACAUUUCAACGCGUGUCAUAUUUGCAGCAUGGAGACUUGCAACUUAAGGGACCUGAGACACUCUCCUUGAAUGCGUCAGACUGCCGCGGCGAAGGAUGGGCCCUUUUCUCCCGGCGAUUUGCGUCAUGCUGCUCGCCCUGAACGCCGCUGUCUCGUCGGCCUCUGUCGGCCCUGAGGACUAUCCCGCCGCGGACGAGGCCGAGAGAACUGCCAACAAUGACAUCAUUUUCGAUGACUACCGAGGAAAAGGCUGCGUGGAUGACAGUGGCUUUGUGUACAAGCUCGGGGAACGCUUCUUCCCGGGCCACUCGAACUGCCCGUGCGUGUGCACGGAGGACGGUCCUGUCUGUGACCAACCCGAGUGCCCUAAAAUACACCCCAAGUGCACCAAGGUGGAACACAACGGCUGUUGCCCCGAAUGCAAGGAGGUCAAAAACUUCUGUGAAUAUAAAGGGAAGACUUAUAAAAUCCUGGAAGAGUUCAAGGUGUUUCACCUACAGGGUUCCCCAGCAGCUGUGGAAGGGAGCCACUCCACCACCGCACCCCCAGCCACUGCUCAGCUGCAAGCAAGAGGCCGGAGCUAUAGGCCUUCGCCCUGUGAAUGGUGUCGCUGCGAGCCAAACAACGAGGUGCAUUGUGUGGUCGCUGACUGUGCAGUACCAGAGUGCGUCAACCCAGUGUAUGAGCCAGAACAGUGCUGCCCCAUCUGUAAAAACGGUCCAAAUUGCUUCGCUGGCACGACGAUCAUCCCAGCUGGCAUUGAAGUGAAGGUGGACGACUGCACCAUCUGUCGGUGCCACAGCGGGGACUGGUGGAAGCCUGCGCAGUGCUUGCGCCGGGAGUGUCUCAAUGGUCAGCCGUCAUCAUAGAAGCCCUCUGGAGCUGAAGGGAGGGACACGAUGCGAUGUGCGGCACGGCUGUCGGCGCAGGGGACGGCCCACCUUAUGACAGCGAGGGACUGAUUGGCAGGAGCACAAUUCCUCUGGCAAACUGAGAUGGCUGGACAUGCUGAGAUACAUGGGACAUACUGUACACACAGACAUACACACACACACACAUAAAAGUCCUUGGCAGAAUCAUAACAAGUGUCUUUCACUGAGGACACAUUUUUCUCCUGUGAUGAGUUCAUACUAGGGUGAACCUCAUGAAAACUUUUCACUCCAAAAUCAAGAAACUUUGACCUUUUUUAAUAAAAAUGAGUCAAAAUUAGCAUUUUAAAUUUGCCUCAAAAUUGUUUAAUUUUAUUUAUUUAUUUAUUUUUGUAACUCCACAUUAUUCCAUCUUAUUAGAUUCUCACUAACGAAAUUCAAUAUUUUUGCAGUAUUAAAUUAAUAUAGGAAUAUUAAAUUAUCAAAUCAUUAAAAUAUCUAAAUAAUAUAAAUCAUUAAAAUAAACAAAUUAUAUAUUGAAAAUAAUAAUAAAACUACCAUAA